AUGCAUCCAUUUGAUGGGGGAGAUAGAUGUGAAAUUGAUAUCGUUCACAUGGUCGUAGAAGAAAUGAACAUAUUGACUACGGUAUUUCUAAGAUACGAUAAUCUAAAGAUAACGAUCCUUAAUAAUCUCCUUGCUACUAAGGCUAUACAAAAUUUCUACCGUAGUCCUGACAUGGGAGAUACGAUUGAAUUCUGUAUCCAUAUAGCUACUCCGCUUGAAAAGAUUUCACUUAUGAAACAUAGAAUACAUAGUUACGUCAAUAAUAAGAAGGAACACUGGUACCAUUCGCCUUUUAUAGUCUUGAAGGAUCACGAGCAAUUGAACAUGGUGACAGUGGCGAUCUAG